UAUUGAAGUCAGACUUGAGUACUCCGAAGAACCUUUUAUGCAAGGAUAGUAUUGCUAUUUGUUUCAUCGGUAGCCCGACCUCUCUGUCUCAUUCAUUGCGAGGUAAAUAAAUAGGUUCCUGUAGUCACCGUAUAUGUAUAAUUAUUCCUGACCUAUCACAAUACAUACAAACACGAAGCAGGUUACUAACUUCCAUAUAUUGUCUUUUUCCCAUAACGUGUAAGCAUUGUGUGAAUAAAAAUUACAUUAAAAAUGUAAAGAUCCCUCCUAAAAUGCAUAUAAUAAUAGACCUUUAACGUCAAAUAAUUCGUAAGUAGGAUCGAAUAUUUUGAUACGUAAACGCAGUAUUUUCGGAGAAUACCUACCCCAAACAAGGCCGCUCAUAUAAAAAUCAAAAAGAGCCAUUUAAUUAUAUGAUUUACAAUGUAAUGUUCUAAUUGUCUAUGGAUUUACAUCUUAAUCUCAUAAAUACAGUUGGGUACAGAAAGUAUAUAAAUACAACUUGCGUUAUUAUCCACAAAUUUAACAUUCUAAUAUUUGUCUUAUUAUCAAAGUCACCAAUGAUGUACCUACGUAAUUUUUCUAAAUAUAGGUACAAAUACAAAAUGCUUGCUGUGCUGCUUGUCACACUAUAGCUUAGUUGCAACACUAAGUACUCAAAUCAAGUGAUGUAACACUCUGCUGUCAACAAGAACAAAUGUCAUGUCAAUGUCAUUCUUGAUUCUUCAAUCACCAUCAUUCAAGGAAAUUGUUUUUGUCCCGUGUGUGAGUGGCUGCAAUUCUUUAUUAUUAAAAAAAUCAUUGGAAUCGAUGUGAGUACAUAAUUUUUCACUAAUAUAUUAAUUGUCCAAUAUAAUAACAUGGCCACAGUAGCGGAGUUGCGAUCGGCCUUCGAAAAUCGAAUGAAAGAAGGCAUUCCAAAUCCACCGGGCGAAUUCCAUUCUUUGGACUUGGAACGGGUAAAAGAUGAUAAAUACUUGAACAGAAUACUGAUUCACGUGGAUAAUGACCUUAAGCAAGCCUCUGAUAUGCUCUGGGACAUUAUGCUGUGGAGAAAAACUGUCGGCGCUAACGAUAUUAAUGAAACCACAGUACGACUUGACUACGUAAAAGAAGGUACAUUUUUUCCAAGAGGCAGAGACGUAGAUGGAAGCCUACUUUUGAUCGUAAAAGCAAAAAUGCACGUCAAAGGUCAAAAGGUUUUUGAGGAUAUUAAAAAAGUUAUAAUUUACUGGCUGGAUAGAAUAGAAAGAGAGGAGAAUGGUAAAAAAGUCACUUUAUUUUUCGAUAUGGAAGGAUGUGGCCUAGGAAAUAUGGAUAUGGAGUUAAUAAAAUAUUUGAUUAGCAUGUUCAAACUGUACUAUCCGUACUUUUUAAAUUAUAUUGUAAUUUAUCAAAUGCCAUGGGUGUUGUCUGCCGCUUUCAAAGUUGUCAAAUCGUUGUUGCCUGCGAAGGCUGUGGAAAAAAUGAAAUUCUGUACUAAAGACAAUUUAAAAGAUGUGGUUGCUCCUGAACAAGCACUUUUGUGUUGGGGAGGUAAAGAUGCUUAUCAAUUUGAAUUUAUCCCUGAAAACAGAACUGCUGAACACAAUCAAAAAAAGGUUACAUUUGCGGAGCAGGGUGACGGUCAUUCUCCUGGUGAAAUGCUACGUUUAAAUCCUCAUGAUACAAUAAUAUUCAAGAAUGAUAAUGAUGAGAUAUCUGGCCAAUUUACCAUAACAAAUAUGGACGAAAAUGCGGUGUCAUUCAAAAUAAGAACAACGUCUCCUGAAAAAUUCCGUGUGCGUCCUAGUUCGGGCAUGUUACCAAGUGGUUCUACACAAACAGUUAUCAUCGUCGUUCAACCGGGAUUCCAAUUGCGUUCAGUGACGAAAGAUAGAUUCCUUGUCAUGUCUGUGCAGAUUCCGAAAACGGAUUUAACGACUAAAGAACUGGCUGACGUCUGGCAAAAUUCAACAGGCAGUAAAGUAGAUGAGUACCGUCUUAAAUGUCAGUUCCCCGACAAGGAUAUCACGAACGGGACCGUAUUGGACGGCAAAAGUCUCGAGAAACAUGAUUCGGUUACAAACGCAUUGAAUAAUUUGCAAUCAAACUACGAAUUCCUACACAGAGAUGUGAAACGGCUUAAAAUUUUCCAGUUUUUAACGCUCUUCAUGACAGCAGUCGCUGUUGUACUAGGUUAUUUAGUGUACCUUAACUCCAGCCAGGCCAAUGGGAGUUACUGUGAGCGAUUGUAGCCCUUAACCAUAGUGGUUUUAAACACCACUAUCGAAGUCGAGAAACUGUUAAACAGUCUACUUUUUAUAGUACUAUUAACAAACACGGCUAUGUUUUUAAUUUAUUGCCAAUUGGUCCAUAAAGUAGACCUAUUGCAUUCUCUAAAAUAAAUGUUAAUAAUGUAGAAACUGUAAUAUAAUAUGCCACUUCUAUAUAGAUACCGACGCGGGUGGACGUACGUUGCGUAGUAUGUGACCUUUUGUUUUACUGCAAGGAAUAACCGUCAAUGUAUGUCGAAACCGCUAAAGUGGAGCAACUGUUUGCCGUUAGUGUAUAGCUUAGUAAAAUCAUAAAAUAGCCACCGUGAAAUGAGUGCUGAUAAUCCUAUCCCUAUUACAGAAUCUGUUACUAACAGAUUCUUUAAGAAUGGAUAUUGUCAAUGACACUAGCAGAGUGUUAGUGUCAUUGAGUUACUUAUAAACAUACUUUUGGAUUGGUACAUAUAUUUUAAGGUGUCAAAUACAUUAUAUCAAAUACAUAUUACGUAUAGUGUGCCCAUUGGAAUCUAACAUCGUGGUGAGACUGUUAUCUUCGUCGUCUGGUGUCUUGUGCCCGCCAAUUUUGUGAAAAUAUACAAACCAAAACAUAAUAAAAAGUCUGCAUAUCCGAUACCGAUAUUCAAAACAGCAUUUAAAUUUUUAAUUUUUAGAGCUUAAUAUAUUUUGCGGUGGAUGAUGCGCGCAUAUUAAAAAAAGAUUCAAUCUAAGUUAGUAUAGCUUGCAAUUGAUUCAGCUUUAUUAGAAGGAUGUGGCGGUUAGAUUAGAUAUGUUGUUAUCAUUUGUUGUUUUAAUCACGGCCUAAAAUAAUCUGUACGAUAAUUUUGUGAUUUCACGCCACGCCUCGACAAAAAUAUGUACUUGCGUAAUUUUAUUUAGAGUAGCAUUCAAUUUACAGACUGUAAAGAAAAGCGGAUUUUUGACGGACUACGUUUUAUACCAUUGCAAUACCAAAUAGAAUGGUUAAUAUUGGUUGCUAAACGCCCAGUGUUCCCAGCCGUCAGGAUUUUUCGUCACUUUUUUGACAGAAAGUAUCUUUGGCUAAUAUGGCUACCAAAAUGUGUCUGCUUAUUAAACGCACAAUCGAAAAAUAGUCGUGUAGUCGAUGUGACCACAUUGUGCAAUGGAAAACUAUAAUACAUUAGAAUCUUUUGGUAUAAUUGUACUCAAGAAAAAAUACCGCACAUAUGUAUGUAUUAUUUGUCAAAAGAUAUUAUUUAUUUAGAAAAAAUAUCAAUUGGCACAAAUUAUCUAUUUAUUGGCACUAAUUAUAUCUGAAACAACGGUGGCUAUAUUUAUUAGGGAAAUCUAUUUUAACACUGAUAAUAAUUUAAAAAUUGAGAAAAAUGUCGAUUAUUUAUGAAAAAUAUUCGUUUAAAAUUUAGUUUUUGUAUCAUUCAAAAUUUAUAAUUAAAUACUAUUAGUAUAAGUAUUAGUUGGCAAAAAAAUAUUUUUAAAUAGACAGGGUCUUAUUAGGCAAGGUACAAUUUAGGUUUGUAAACCCAGUUUUUUUCUUACAAAUCUUGUUAUGUAAACAAUCGAACCGUGUCUUUUUAUAUUUAUGGUUUUAUUGCUAUAUUAUAAUAGACUUUUUAGGAAAUUUGGGUAAUAAUUCUUUAGAACUUAUAUUCUAUUUAUUUUCUACAAAAUGCAGCUGUACUGUGGAGAUUGUUUGUCUACAUGUUAGAAAUCGUAAGAAAAAAUUGAGUGUAGUUAAAACAUGACAUUUUAUUUACGUUCGAUAUUUAUAUUGCAUGAACAAUUAUAAUAACGAUUUUUAAAAUCAUUAACAUUUAAAUUAAAAAAAUUAAUUUCGAAAAUAUAUAUUUUUUUGUUUGUUAUUUUUAAUUGAUGGUGUUUUUUUUAGUACGUAGGGGGCAGAUCAUAACAUUCCUAUUAUUUUUAGGGGUCCGUACCUCAAAAGGAAAAAGCGGAACCUUGAUAAAAGCACUUUGUAUAUUACAACAUCACAUAGAUUAACAAUAAUAUAAAAUGUUAUAAUUACGAAAAAAAAUUAUGAAGUUAUGUGAUUGGGUAAAAAAAUAAUUUAUUUUAUAAUUUUAAGGUUUGUAAAACAAAUAUUUAUGUAGGUAUUAUGUAUUUGUGUAUGUAAUAUGGUAGAAAGCACCGGACAAGGUUAGAAAAUUGUAAAAAAACAUUCCUUUGAAAUAUAUAACCGUCAAGUUUUUCCUAUAAGGUAACAAUUUAAUAUAUUGUCCAGUUGCUGUGUUAUUACUAAGUAUACAGGGUUAUUUUAAAUCACCAUUAACCACGCAAGACAAAAACUAACGACCUAUGUUCGUCGAGUUAUGUUAAUUCGUUGAAUUUUAUCGUCAUAUUUAAAUAAACCUCUAUCCGUUUUAAUGUUAACACUCAAUGUUGAACUCGGCCCAGGCGGGGAAGGGGGAAGUGGGUGAGGGGAAGGCGUUUACGCGAAAGCGCUAACAUGGAAAUACUAAUGUAAAGACAGGAUAAUAAAAACUUUAAAAAGUUUCAUGAUGUCAACUUUCAAAUGCUGCGAGGUUAUUGGUGUUUAAAAAAAAACUACAUGUAAACAAAUACUUGUAACAUAGUGAUAUCAAGUCGCAUUUAACCUAUAUAUAUAAUCAUUAUUUAAAAGCAUAUAUCUAGUUAGAUUUUAUACAUAUAUUUCGUAGUUCUAAAUUAUGUACAAAUCUAAGAAAAAAAGUUUUCAACAUCGUACUUCAGAAUUACAAGAAAUUUGUAUUUAAUAACUCAUGUGUCGUCUUAUUGUGGUUCAUCACACUUCUUGGUUUAGUAGUCAAUCGACUAUGCGCCUUGGUUGGAAGGUCAAUCACAUCCUAGGACAUGCGAGGUUACUGUUUUACGAGUAGAUAACACAUUACAUUUUGUAUAUUGUUCAAGAAAAUUGACCUCCAAGCGGCGGAAACAACGGGCGAAUUUGUAAUUAAUUUGUCUGGGUUGAUGUGCUAUCGACUGUACAAAUAGACUAAAUGACUGAUAUCGAGUGUACGAUGUUGACGUAAAACGUAUCAAUUGUGGUCGUCCAAAUCAAAAGGGACCUUAUGGCGCCCGGCACUUUCGCCAUUAUUGCCGUUGUUUUGUAUUCGAACAACGGCAAUAAAGCUCUUAGUGCCAGCCGCCAUAAGGUCUCUUUUGAUUUUGACGGUCACAGUUUGUCUGCUUAUUAAACGCACAAUCGAAAAAUAGGGGAAAUGUGUAUCGUAUAAAUUCAGUAUUUUUAUAUGUACACAGAGUUAUUUUUAAUUCAAUAUAACUGAAGUCUGCAAAUUACGUAUGUGCAAUGUACUCUCAAUUUGAAUUGUAUUUGUAACUGUGAAAUAGAAAUAACUCUGUAAUAAAUAACUAUAUCGUAACAGCAUGGUGACUAUAGUUAUAAUAUUAUAUUUAGUAGUCUUGCCAUACUUGUAUAUAUGUCUAUUGUUUAAAUAAAUAUAUAUUAUAUU